AUGGAGGUGAUUGAUGCAGUAAUGCAGGAGGAAGAUGCAAAAGCAGUGCGUUUGAUUCCACUUCCUUGUUCGAACAUUGAGGAUCGGUGGGUAUGGCACUUCUCGAACCGUGGGGUCUAUUCAGUUAGUUCUAGGUUUGUGCAUAUUAUGUGGAAGUCGUCUUUGAUUGGUUAUGUUCCUAGCAUGAAUAUCCCUCCAAAACUCAGACAUUUUUGGUGGAAAGCUUGCUGUAACUUCCUUGCUACAAAGCAAAACUUACACAGGAAAAGGUGCAACCCUUCCCUAGUAUGCCCAAUCUGUCUUCGGGACCCUGAGAGCGUUGAGCACCUCUUUUUCCAGUGCGACUGGACUAAUGCAGUUUGGUUUGGAAGUAGUUUAAAUUACAAAGUGGAAUCUUUGGCAAUCUCAUCUGUCAUGAAUUGGAUUGUCCCUGUUAUGGACCACUUGGAUUCAGCUAUAGAUGGGCCCGCGUGUAUGGGUAAAAUCAUUUUUCUGGCUUGGCAAAUAUGGAAAUCGCGUAAUGACUGCGUCUUUAAUCAUAUGCCAGUGGACCCAAGGGAUACCAUGGCUAGAGCAAACUUUGGAUGGUCUAAGUUCCAUGGAAGUUUGGGGAAUCAAGAGAUACCAAGAAAGCAUGUGAAACAAGUUUCCCUUGUCACACACUGGGAAUGUGUAGAGGAGGGGUGGGUGAUAAACACCCAAUAA